AUGGUCAAGCUCGCCGCACUUCACACCGUGGCAGCACUCGCCCUGGCAGGCUCUGCCGUCGCAGGGCAUUCCUCCUCCUCUAGACUGCAGAACCGUCAGAGUUCCAAUUCUGGCUCGAUCAUGCAGUCCGAUUAUCAGAACGGUGCCACACCGCCCGGAUCGCGAUCCGGUGAUGCUGCUGGUCAGACGGUUGUCAUCGACAACGACGGUGGUCACGACGACAACUCGCAGCGUGCCGGCUGCCCCACCAUCUUCAUCGGCGGUGCUGCUGUAGGAGGAUCGUACAGCACCGGCUGGACCGACAUGCCCCAAGUGCUCGGAUUCGACACCAUGCGCGACUUGAACGUCGGCAACAACGUCGUGCAGCCUUACAUCAUCGAACGCGGCAAGAAUGCGGCGCAGAUCAAGCGCGUCAUCAUUACCCAGCCCGGUCUGCCCCGAGACUACUGGAAGUACGCCAACCUGGUGCGCAACUCGCUGCUGUGUGCCUCGGUCAACUCGUCUCUGGGCAUCAACAGGGAUGAGAUCCUCAUUGCCGCGCCGACGUGGUUCGCCACCGUCGAUGCUUCUGCCGGGUCGGCGCAGUCCAACGACCUUGUGUUCAACGGAGGCAACUGGGCCACCGGUGUCAACUCGGCCGGGCCCAAUGGCGCGUCCAUCUCGUCGUUUGAAGCACUCGACGACCUGAUCAACAAGUUCUUCGACAAGUCGACCUACCCGAACCUCCAGCACGUCGUCAUUGCCGGCCACUCGCUCGGCGGCUCCUUCACCCAGCACUACGCCAUGCUGCGCAAGUCCAACUCGGCGCAGGACGGACAGAUCUCGUACUUUGUCGGCAACCCGGGUUCGUACGUCUUCCCAACCUCGGACCGACCCGUGCAGAAUCCGGGCGGAAACUGCGCCGGCACCGCAGACCAGUGGGCGUACGGUUUGCAGAACCUGCCACCCUACGGCAGCGGGCAGGGCAGCGCGAGCAGCAUCGCAUCGCGCUACUACGGUCGAAACGUCAUGUACGCUCUUGGGUUGAGCGACAACGAGGGCGGCGACAGCCACUGCGAGGCGCAGUACCAGGGCACCUCGCAUCUGACGCGCGGCCAGAACUUCCAGCGCGAACUGCAGUCGGCCAACGGCGGCAACGUGCCUUCAAGCCAGCAGUUCAAUUAUGUGGCCAACGUGGCCCAUGAGGACUACCUCAUUUUCAGUGACCCCACCAGCCAGCAGUUCCUGUUUGCGCAGGGCACCGACUUUGCCGCUUCUGCCUCGAGCUCGUCGUCCGCUGCUUCGUCGACUGCGAGCAGGGGUGCGUCGGCUUCGGCUUCGCGCUCGUCGACCGCCAGCCAGGGUGGUGCUACCGGAGCUUCGAACACCGGCUCGGCCGCCCAGCCUUCUUCCUCGGGCAAGCCCUCCGCUGCGUCUUCUAACUUGAUCUCGCCUGCUUCGGUGGUGUCGGCUCUGCUGGCCUCGUCGGCUGCCCUCUUCGCUCUCGUUCUCUAA